GAAUUUCUUUCCUGUGAAAUUUGGCCAGACAGACUCAGCGAGAGAGCGAGCGAGAGCGAAAGCAGCUCACACACAACUCGUAGUUUGGUGAUGGAGCUGUUUACCAACGAUCUGUUAUAAUGGAGUUUGGUGGGCUCGGUGGACUUGAAGUGUUUACGAGACCGAUAUCAACUUUAAAGUCUUAAACGGAUUCUUUUUGGGCUCCCCCAUACACAUCACGCAGUGGUCGGGGGGAUUCAGUUAUGGCUGAACCGCUUCUGAAGCGGACUUUUUCGAGGUUGCGGGGUAAAGAGAAAUUCCGUCGGAAAACGGACCCGAAGCUCGCCGAUGUCCAUUCCAAGGGUCAUCUGGUCCAGAGUUCUUCGUCAUCAACGUCCUCCGUGUUGACCUUCACCGGGCCUGACGUAGACAGCGCCCUCGCCGAAGAUUUCAGCCGGCGGACUCAGAUCACCGUCGCCAAAAAACAGAACUGGGCCAAACAGGCAGCAGCCGCAUCCAGGGAGCACAUCCACAGCCAACCAGCCAGGGUCGAGGCCGCCAGCACUCACGGCCUGGCGCAGAGAGCUCAGGAACGGGAGAACCUUUCAGGAAAGCCCCAGGCCUCUGCCUCGGCCUCCUCAAAGGCCCAGGCAUCAGGCUCGGCCUGCAGCCAAAGGACUUUGCGUGAGGACAGCGAAGAUGGAGGUGGCAGUAGUAGGUGUAGUGAUUUUGAGUGGGAGCCUGUGCCAUCGAGCCCUCUCUGGGACUCCAUCGACAUGGCUCUCCCCGAGCUCGCCCCUCCUCCCCCUCCCCCCACAACAACAGCAGCAGCAGUAGGGUACGUGGAGGUCAGCACGACCUCCUCCUCCUCCUCCACCAGCACGGUGCGGCAGGCCGGCCACGGGGCCUACCUGCAGCACCUGGAGAGGAGCAGCCGAGCCUGGGUUCUGUCCACAGGAAAGACCCAGGCUUCGGAUCAUGAGGCCUCCUCCUCCUCUCGACUCCUAGCCUCCUCCUCUUAUAGCCACGCCGAUCGGAGAACGCAGAACGUCAACGAUGGGGAGGCCAACAUUUGGUACAAUCCCAUCCCAGAAGAGGAGGACUUCCGGGGGGUGGAUGCGGGGAGUGAGUACGGGGACCCAUGGAGGAAGAGAGCCGGGGAGAUGGGAGUGCAUGAUACCCAAAGCAGCAGAGCCCUGAAGCCUGGUGUUGGGCUGACUAGCAGUGCUAGCAACAGCAACAACACUAGAGGAGCUCUGUGUGCACCACCCAGCAGUGCAAAGACCAUCGAGGUGGUCGCUGAAAUCGCCUGCAGCAGCAGCAACAACAGCAGCAGGAAAGAGAGUCCAGACAUCUCCCAUCAGCAUCGAGGGCAUCAGCAGGUCCAGGAGACACAGCAGCUGGUACCCGGGCCCUCAACCUCAACCUCAGUCUCAGCAGGAGGGAGCAGCAACAGCAGUAGCAGCACCAGUGUGGUGGCCAUUCCAGCCAUCACGUCUGACCCUGCUACCACCACGACCACCACCGCCACCACCACCACUACUAACUCCAAGAAGUCUAGCAGCAGUGUGUCAGGCAGCGGGGCAGGGGGCGGCAGCAGCAUGAUGGACCGCAUCAAGUCUCCCGGCACGGUGCGCCGCCUCUCCAUGAAGAUGCGGAAACUUCCGGAGCUGCGUCGCAAGCUCAGCCUGCGCUCCUCGCGCUCGCACCGUCACCACGGCAACCCUCAGGGCGGUGCGUCGUCGUCAGGGGCGGCGUGUGGCGACGAGGACGAGGCCUCCCCACCCAACGCCCGCAAGGAGUCCUCCAACGUCAUCAGCCGAUACCACCUGGACAGCUCUGCCCCGCCGGCCCGGCCUCGCCGCCGCGCAUCCCGCGCUCGCUCCGCCGACAAGGGAGGGUACCUCAGCGACGGAGACUCUCCAGAGCUCCUCCCCAAGCAGCAGGGUGGCUCCGACUCUGGGUCUCAGUACCCUGGCGAUGUGCCCCCUCCUCCAUCCCACCACCACCAGCCGGGAGGAGGAGGAGGGCAGGAGGGCCAGGCGGCGUUCCCGGUGGCUGACGCCAGCUCCUUCCGCAUGUACAGCCUGGCCGAUCAGCCGCGCUGCGCCCAGCGCAUGUCCGGACUGCUCACCGUGCAUCUGAUGGGGGUGGACGAGCUGACGCGCUCGGGGACGCGCAGCGGUGGUGGUGGUGGCACUGGAGGAGGGGACGGUGGCUGCAGCAAUGGCGGCAACAGCAAGGAAGUGUUCUGUGCCAUCCAGGUGGACGGGGUGACGCGGGCCCGCACGGCGCUGCUGACGUGUCGCGGGGCGGCGCUGCCCCUCAACCACACCUUCAACCUGGAGCUGGAGCGGGCGCGCCUGCUGAAGCUGGUGGUGCUGACCCCUGUCACCAGCCCCUCAGGCGCCGGUACCGGUACCGGUACCGGGGGCGGUACUACUACGGGGCAACAACAGCAGCAGAAUGUCAACGGGUCCACUGUGGUGCCCACACGCAACCGCGUCUGCUGCCUCGGGGCCGUCGCCAUCCCGCCCCUCUUCAGAGCAGGUUCGCGGUGUCAGCAGCUGUGCGUGCGCCUAGAGCCUCGCGGCCUGCUGUACGUGAAGCUCACCCUGCUGGAGCAGUGGGAGUCCCCCGCCCCGCGCCUCAGCGAGCUGCCCCCUCCCAGCGUCUUCGGAGUGGAGCUGCGCCUCCUGGUGGAGAAGGAGGGCUCUGCGCUCCCAGUGCCCCUCAUCAUCCAGAAGUGCGUGGCGGAGAUCGAGAAGCGCGGCCUAAAGGGGGUGGGCCUGUAUCGACUUUGUGGUUCGGCAGCCGUGAAGAAGGAGCUGAGGGAUGCGUUUGAGAGAGACAGCGCGGCGGUCACCCUCAACGAGGAUCUCUACCCGGACGUUAAUGUCAUCACCGGCAUCUUGAAGGACUACCUGCGGGAGCUGCCGUCUCCGCUGAUCACCAGGACCCUGUACGAGGUGGUGCUGGAGGCCCAGUCCCUCAGGCCCGCCUGCAGGAGCGACGCGGACACACAACGCAGACAGAGCACCGUCUCCCUCCUACACUGCCUCCCUGAGCCAGAAAAGGCCACCUUGACUCUCCUCCUGGACCACCUAAGCCUGGUGGCCUCCUUCAGCGACAGCAACCGCAUGACCUGCCAGAACCUGGCCGUGUGUUUCGGGCCGGUGCUGCUCACGCCCACGCAGGAGUCCUGGAUGCCCGCCGUGCCAGGAGGAGGGCCGGGAGGGGCGUCGCUCAUGACGAUGGUACCCCCUGCUACUGCUGUGCACCCCGCCGCAUCCCAUAAUGCCAGUGGGCGUAUCGGAGGAGGACGCAGCUUUGCCCACAGUGAGGACAUCGCCAGCGCUGUGGACUUCAAGAGGCACAUCGAAGUGCUGCACUACCUGCUGCAGCUCUGGCCUAUUCCCACGGACAGAGUUCCAGACUCGCCCUCCGACCUCUCUCCUCCGCCCCCCAUCACCACCACCGAGCAUGCACCUCCCUCCCCCUCCCCCGUCCUCCCGCUCCACACCACCACCACCACCACCGUGCCCUCCCACAAUGCACCCCUGCAGCGUCGUGGCCAGCGCCUGCCCCUCCCCCUACGCCUGGAGAUGCCCCAGGAGGGCGUGGUGUCCCGUCGGGGGCGUGGCCGACUGGAGAGCCCGCCCUGCAACCGCUACGCCGGCGACUGGAGCCUCUGUGGGAGGGACUUCCUGUCUGGGGGGCGGGACUUCCUGUCCACCGCCGGCGGUGGCGGUGGCGUCGACGUGGAUUACGACGAGGUGGCCGGCAGUGACAGCGACGAUGAGGACAGCGAUGAUGAUGACGAUGACAGAAGAGGAGGAAGAGGGGCGGCGAUGAUAAUGACGAAGGACAGUAGCUGGUCUCACUCACAGCCGUCCCCUGCUGCCACCGCCGCCGCCACCUACAUCGACGACUUUGAUGCGCUGGACUUUGACGCUCCGUUCAGCUGCAGGCUGAGCCUGAAGGACUUUGACACCCUCAUCUCCGACCUGGAGAGGGAACUCUCUAAACAGAUCAACAUCUGCCUCUAGGACACAGAGAGAGAUAGAGAAGGAGGUAACAAGGUCUACGAUGCAGCCAACUUAAGGAUAUAGCCACAGAAAACGGUAACAAAGUAGAUCAAAGUAGAUCCCUGGAGAUCUCAAAGUUAGAUCCCUGGAGAGGGAGCUGUCCAAGCAGAUCAACAUCUGCCUUUAGGACACAGCCAGAGAGAGGGAGAACUAACAAGGUAGAUCCACAUCUACGAUGCAGUCAACUCUAGGACAUAGCCACAAAAUACAGUAACAAGUUAGAUCAAUGUCUGCCUUUAGGAUAUAGCCACAGAAAACGGCAACAAGGUAACAUUUGCCUCUACACCAUAAAACAUUGCAAGUCAGUCAAGCGUAAAAAAGUAAGUUGCCUUAAGUUUGUAAGUUUCCCUGUAAGUUAAUUCAACUCUAGGCUUACCGCAACUCAAGGCUUUCUCAAGUUGAAUUAACUUCAAACUUAACUUUAACUGGUUGCAAUGUUUUCCAGUGCCUCGUGUCAUAGGGCCAGAGGCCAUGGAUAGGAGGAAGUAGUUUAAACUUGCACCCUAUCUGCGUUUUCAGACCGAUCAGAACGGAGCCGGUGCCGUUGCCCGCACCAGUUACGUCCGGCACUAAAGAGCUUAUUUGCGAACCGCCCAUGUUCAUACUGGGUUCUAAACUUUUUCCGCAUGUGAUUGUUACCAAGAUUAACCUGUUGACGGCCGCGUUGUCGUCACAGUUCGUCGAUAAAAAACAAGUAUUUUGCGGUUCGCAUUGCGAACCAACUUUCCGGUUGGUGAACACCAAUAUCUGCGGCGUGAACACAACAGCCGGUUCGCGAUUAGGUGCAGGAACGAGCACCGGCACGGUUCUCUGUCGGCCUGAAUGCGCCCAGAGAGAUGGAGAGGAAACAAGAUAGACUAGUCGCUAGGGGCGUCUAGAUUUCUAGGCUAGAAACAAGACAGAGGUAGGGGACAUCAGAAGAGGUGAGAAGAUUUGAAGGCGUGGGGACAGGGUUUAUGUUGAGGAGUCACGUGAACAGAGGUGUUAAAAGUAAAAGUGAAUUCAUGGUGAAAGAGCAACACUAGCACAUGCUGUCAUAGUGCUGUUACACCAUUUACUCCACUGUAUCUAAUGAGGUAAAUAAAUUAUGUUGUUACUGAAAAACACUUAAAAACCUAACAAGAACACUAAAAACCUAACAAAACUUGAUCCAACCAGCACAGCAACAGCUGAUCAAACGACAUGUACACAGGUCUACUGGUUACCUGUGUUGGAAGGAAACUGUGUUGCUGUGUUUCACUUUUACUUUACUUUUACUACACCUCUGCAAGUGGCACAUUGAGGUGAAUGUGUCCCCAGAUAAAUUUGAGGGAAAGCCGGGUCUGACCUGAGGUCCUUUGCUGAUCACCACUCUCUCUCUCCCACGACUACACUGGGGUGCAUUUCUCAAAAGAGAAGAUGUAAGCCUGUUAGCAACUUCGGUAGUUGCCAAUGCGAAAAUGCAUUGAAAACAGCAAAGUAGCUAAUGUAGUAAGCAACUUUGCUUUCGAGAAAUGCACCCCAGUCCACUAUGAGCCAAUUAAAAUGUAAAAAAAAUAAUAAAUUAAUAAAGAUUAAAAAUUUAGGUUUAGGGAAAAGAAUGGCAAAUCUGGAAGAAGAAGGUUUAAGUUUUGAAACAAUAACAAAAGAUGACCAAUGAAUGACGACGGGCAGCCUUUGCUGCUUCCGAGAUAGAACAAACUUACCGUACUUCCUAUUUCCUGUGUCUGAAAUUAGACUUGUGCAUAGCGCCACCUUGUGCCAAAAACUGGGCAUCGCCUGUGUAUGGUGAGAUCCAGUCAAAAUAAAGAGAUAACGAAAGCCUUAUAGUGUUCAUUUAGUGCUAAACAUUCAACAUAUCACUUGACAUACUGCUACUUUUAAACUAAGCUAUUGACAAUCAGUGUUUUGAGACUUUUUUGCUUAACACUUAUGUUAAAAUAAUCUGUCAUUAGGGUGUGUGUGCGGUAUGAUGCAUUGGCAAGUGGAAAAGAAAUGAAUGUUUUAUAAUUUUGCCCAAUGUUUGUGCCAAAGUUCCUUAUUUAUUAUUUCUAUUAAAUUAUGGAUUUCAGGCAGAAUUAAUAUUACAUUGCCCAUAAUAUGUUGGCAGAGGGUCAGGAAGAUAAUGUGUUUCUUUUGUCAUAAUUUGUUGUCAUAAUUUUGCACAGAAACUUAAGCAUGCGGGCUACCAUAAGCCUUUUUUUCAAUAUUCAGCCAAAGACAGUUUCGAUAAGAAAGCACAAGUUAAAAAUGGUUACAUUGUCACACAUAACAAAAAAAAUACAGUCACAAGUUCUCACAUAAUUUUCGUACACAUGCUAGUGGUAUUGGCCUUGAGAAAAGGCACUGCUGCGUACAUGGGUUUUGUCGACCAAAGACGUGUGUGUUGCACUUCUUAUUUUAUUUUAGGUGAAGAGACUUAUGUCAGUGCAGCAUUUGUUACAGUAUAUUGUUUUGUGUUGUUUAUGUUUGCUGUCAACAGCAUUAUUUGUUUUGUUUUGAUAUUUUGUUCUUCACGGUACAAUACUCUGCUAACUGUGAUAAAGUUUAAGCCACAUGUGGAAUGAUAUGGCCAUAUUUUAGAGCAUUGCUCAAUUAUGCAAUAAUGACACCAUACCUUUUUUUAACUUUUUGUAUUCUUAUUUUGUUUAGUUAUAUAAACAACGUUAUUUUCCAUUGCACAUUUACAUCCAGCACUUAUAUUUUAUGCCGUAUAUCCCAAGUGUUUCAAGUACACCGUUCUUGUUAUGAAUUUGUACUGUAACCUACCAUUCAGUGUUAUAAACCAAAAAGAAGAAACCAAUAAAGCACAGUAUUAUAUUUGCAA